AUGGUCAACCAAAUCUUGUCAAAGAAAAAGAAGUUAGUAGCCGACGGUGUCUUCUACGCCGAAUUAAACGAAUUCUUCACCAGAGAAUUAGCCGAGCAAGGUUACGCCGGAGUCGAAGUGAGAAAAACUCCUUCGAAAUUGGAAGUUAUCGUCAAGGCAUCCAACACUCAAGGAGUCUUGGGUGAACAAGGUAGAAGAAUCCACGAAUUGACCUCGUUGAUCGUCAAGAGAUUCAAGUUGUCCCCUGAAGGUAUCGCCAUCUAUGCUGAGAGAGUCGAGGAACGUGGUUUGUCCGCUGCUGUGCAAGCUGAGGCCUUGAAGGCUAAGUUGUUGAAUGGCUUGCCUAUCAGAAGAGCCGCUUACGGUGUCUUGAGAUUCGCCAUGGGCGCAGGUGCCAAGGGUGUCGAAGUGGUGAUCUCGGGUAAAUUGAGAGCCGCUAGAGCCAAGUCCCAGAAAUACGCUGAUGGUUUCAUGAUCCACUCUGGUCAACCAACUAACGAUUUCAUCGAUAUCGCUAUUAGACACGUCUUGAUGAGACAGGGUGUCCUUGGUGUCAAGGUCAAGAUCAUGAAGGACCCUGCUCAGAACAGAUUUGGUCCAAAGGCCUUGCCUGACGCUGUCAAGAUUGCUGAAGCUAAGGAUGAGGAUGAAGUUGUCCCUGCGCCAUAUGUUCAAAACUACAAGCCUGUUCAAGAAGAAGCCACUGAGGAAGCUACUGAGGAAGCUACUGAGGGUGCUGCUGAGGAUGCUGCUGCUCCUGUUGCCGCUUAA